UUUCCUUUUUCAAUUUCUUAUCAAUGUCGUUUGUCAUGGCAGAUGACAACUUCAGGGAAAAUAAAGCAACGUAUAAUGAUGGUGUUUGGAAAGCUCAAUCUGAAAACAAUAUUUGCCCCUUCUACUACUGGAGCAAUUGUUGGUUUUUCAAUCGGACUCAUCCCUCAGAUUCGAAAAGCACUGAUAGGAGAUGGUGCUCCUCUACGGGUGGUUCAAGACACUGCUUCUUUGUUGGGAGAUGGAGCUAUCCCAAUUCUCACUUUGAUAAUAGGAGGAAACCUACUUAAAGGUUUGAGAGGGCCAGGGAUGCAGAAAUCUCUGGUUGUUGGCAUCAUCAUUGUUCGUUAUGUUGCCCUGCCUCUUAUAGGAAUAUUGGUAAUUAAAGGUGCACUCAAACUUGGGUUGGUGCACUCUGAUCCAUUGUAUCUGUUUGUUCUUUUGCUUCAGUUUUCACUCCCACCAGCGAUGAACAUUGGUAUGCUACGCUCUUCUGAUGUUAUUUUUCCUUCCAAUUUUUGCAAUGCAAAUUACAAUUUGCCCCACUGGUUAUUUCUCAUAAUCAACAGACAUUCUUUUUCCUAACAAAUUGAUUGUGUUGUUUCCCUUUACAAUAUGUUUUUAUCUUCCUUAUGUAUGGCAGGAACAAUGACUCAAUUGUUCGGAGCAGGAGAAAAGGAAUGUUCAGUUAUCAUGCUGUGGACUUAUGCUUUCGCUUCAGUAUCACUUACUUUUUGGUCCGCCUUUUUCAUGUGGCUUGUGGCCCGAGUGUGAAACAGCUACAAAGCAUCCUCCAUUGAAGCAAAAUUUUACAUCCAUCUUCUAACGUAGUUGUAGGCAAUUUG